GGAUUCACUGUUACAACCAACAUUGUAUAUUCUGGGGCUACGACGGCUUGUCUGCAGGAGGAUAAUCAUGUCUACAAACGCACAGAGCAAUGCUAGUGAGAGUUUGACGAGCCGGCCCCUUUCUAUUCAACCAUCAGCCAACCAAGACGCUCUCGACCUCGUCAAAAUGGUUGAUGAUCUUCUUGCCGGAAUUUCUACCCGCUUUACCGCCACAUGGACCGAAUUAUUCUCCAAGAUGGAUGAAAUGGCCAGGCGGCUCGACCAUCUCGAGUCUUCAAUCCUCGCCCGUGACUCUCAGGACGAUGCCAGCCGCACACCAAAGAAGUGAGCUGAUAACUUUCAUGAUAAUGCAAUUUGAGUGAUGCGGGAAGCAAUGGAGUUCGGCGUUCAGAAGGCACAUCCAAUAUUACUGUCCUGGAAAGGAGUCUAUGGUGCAGCCAGUCAAUCAGCUGGAACUUCCGCAUGCUAUUGAUACCAGGGGAGGUUAUUUGGAGACCAGUCUAUUAAGAAUUCGGUUUGAACAGGCUAUUGGGGAAGGGGCUCACCAUAAUCUUACGACCCAAAAGUCUGUUGAGGGGCUUGAGUAAAGGAAGAAUACAGUUUUACCUAUGAAUCCUUCCCCUCUAUCCAGCUUCUGUUCGGCUUUCUAUGCAGUGAGCUCCUCACUGCGAUCCUAGAAAGGCUUGUAACAUAAUAAUCGCAGAGUGCAGUGAUUUAGAUGUUUACUUUGUAGGCAUAACUUAUGAAUCUCACAAGCAAAACGAUUUCA